UCGUUCGCCACCAGGACACUCGUAAACUCGGAGUACCGAAGACGCAACAAGUACUGUCAGAGUAGAUAAACCAAUCUCGGGCCAGAACGUACAACGUGAAAUAAUCUAGGUGCACUUGCAAACAUCAUGGGAUCGACUUUAGAUAUUCCUUUGCACGUCAAGUACAUCCAGUCCCUCGGCGAGAACAAAGAUGACCUCGUCUACCAUCUCACCGCGCACUUGCGUAUGAACGCGAUAUACUGGGGUCUGACCGCGCUCUGCGUUAUGAAGCAGAAGGAUGCGCUCAACAGAGACGAGAUGAUCGAGUUCGUCAUGAGCUGCUGGGACGACGAGGCAGGCGCGUUCGGCGCGCAUCCCGACCACGAUGCACACCUCCUGUCCACGCUAAGCGCGAUCCAAGUGUUGACGAUGCAGGACGCGCUAGAACGAGUGGACAUUCCUCGUGUCGUCAAGUACAUCCUAUCCCUCCAACAGCCUUCCGGGGUAUUCGCCGGAGAUGCCUUCGGCGAGGUAGACACCCGCUUUCUGUGCUGCGCAGUGCUCGCACUCUCUCUUCUCGGACACCUGCAUGAGCUGGACGUCGACAAAACGGUGGGAUAUAUCCGGCGCUGUAGGAACUUCGACGGCGGCUUUGGCGCCCGAGAAGGUGCAGAAAGCCACGCCGCGCAAGUGUUCGUGUGUGUCGCUGCCCUUGCCGUCCUGGAUCGGCUGGACGAGAUCGACCAGGACUCGCUUGGGUGGUGGCUUGCCGAGCGGCAACUCCCCAACGGCGGCUUGAAUGGUCGGCCAGAGAAGCUCGAAGACGUUUGCUACAGUUUCUGGGUGCUUUCUGCGAUGUCGAUUCUGAACAAGAUUCCAUGGAUCAACGCCGAAAAGCUGACGACAUUCAUCCUUUCUGCACAGGAUCUCGAGCAUGGUGGUAUUGCAGACAGGCCAGGAGAUCAGCCCGAUGUCUUCCACACAAAUUUCGGUGUCGCAGGCCUGUCUCUACUCGGAUACCCAGGACUGGACGAUCUGGAUCCCGUCUACUGCAUGCCGGCCAGUUUGAUUGAGUCGAAGGGGCUACGGAAGGGCUGGACGGCCCUUCCACGGAGAGAAACUGUUUGACAUGCACUCCAAUGACAACAACGUUAAUUCGCA